ACACCCUGUGAGUCUGUCUACACUGAACACACCGUGGACUCUUCCUUCUGCAGAGCUGGAUUCAGAGAGGAGACACCAUGCCCCCCAGCCUCACACCCCUGCUCUGCCUUGGGCUGAGUGUGGGCCUGAGGAUGCCAGUGCAGGCGGGGACCCUCCCCAAACCCACCCUCUGGGCUGAGCCAGGCCAUAUAACCUUGUUGUGGAGCUCUGUGACUCUCUGGUGUCAGGGAACCCCACAGGUCCAGGAGUUCUGUAUGGAUAAAGAGGGAAGCCCACACCCCUGGGGCAGACAGAAGUCACUGCAUCCAGGGGAAAAGGUCAAUUUCUCCAUCACACACAUGACAGAGUAUGAUGCAGGGAAAUAUCGCUGCUCCUAUCUCACCCACACAGGCUGGUCAGAGCAUAGUGACCCCCUGGAGCUGGUGGUGACAGGAUCCAUACGCAAACCCAGCCUCUCAGCCUUGUCCAGCCCUGUUGUGACCUCAGGAGGGACCAUAACCCUCCAGUGUGGCUCACGGCAGAAAUUUGACAGGUUCAUUCUUACUAAGGAAGGAGAAAACAGGCUCUCCUGGACCCUAGACUCACAGCGAGAACCAGGUGGGCAGGUCCAGGCCGUGUUCUCUGUGGGUCCAGUGACCCCCAGUGACAGGUGGACUUUCAGAUGCUAUGGAUAUAACAGGAAGAGACCCCAGGUGUGGUCACAGCCCAGUGACCGCCUGGAGCUCCUGGUCCCAGGUGUCUCAGGGAAGCCCUCCCUCCUGACCCAGCAGGGCCCCAUUGUGGGCUCUGGACAGAGCCUGACCCUCCAGUGUCACUCUGACAUCGGCUAUGACAGAUUCACUCUGUCCAAGGAAGGGGAACAGGACCUUCCCCAGAUCACUGUCCUGCAGCCCCAAGCUGGGCUCUCUCAGGCCGAAUUCCACCUGGGCAUUGUGAGCAGUACCCACGGGGGCCAGUACAGGUGCUAUGGUGGACACAGACUCUCUUCUGAGUGGUCAGCCCCCAGCGACCCCCUGGACAUCCUGGUGGCAGGAUGGCUCCCUGACAGACCCUCCCUCUCGGUGCAGCCAGGCCUCUCAGUGGCCUCAGGAGAGAAGGUGACCCUGCUGUGUCAGUCAUGGAGCCCGAGGGACAUUUUCUUUCUGUCCAAGGAGGGGGCAGCUGAUCCCCCUCUGACACUGAGAUCACAGUCCCAAGCUCAGCAGCACCAGGCAGAGUUCUCCAUGGGUCCUGUUACCUCAGCCCAUGGGGGGAACUAUAGGUGCUAUAGUGCAAACCCCAGCAACCCCUACCUGUUGUCACAGCCCAGUGAUCCCAUGGAGCUCCUGGUGUCAGGUUCCCAAACCACAGUGGUGAACCUGAUCCGCAUGGGUGUGGCUGGGUUGGUCCUGGUGGUGCUCGGGGUGCUGCUGCUUCAGGCUCAAGACAGCCAGAGGAGGACCCAGGCUGCAGCCAGAACAUGAACACAGAGGGCACAGGGCAUCGUUCAGAGAGAGGGAACCAUACCCAUCUGAUGACCCAGGAUGUGGGGAAGGACAGCUGGACCACAGGUGGGGAAACUGUCUGCUGAUGUGUCCAGGGGAGCAGAGGUGGCAGAUGAGGUUUGGGGACAGGAAACAUGAGCCGUGUUCCUGUGGAGAUGCCUCCUACAUCCAACUGUGGGGCUGUCCCUCCUCAUCCUCACUGACUCCCCUUGACUGUCCUGUUCUCACCACUGUGACCUGAAAGGCAGCACCACAUGGCUGGUUUGGGUUCACAUCUACACAACCCUCCAUGCUGGAUCCCACUCAUAUAAACAAAUCUGGUGUCUUCAUAACCAGGGAGGGUUUUUUCAGCCAUAAAAACAAAGUACUGACACCUGCUACCUGGUGGGUGAAUGUAAACAUUUUGCAGCUAAAUGACAGAACCCAGAGAGAAAAGAUCACAUUUUCUGUGACUGCAUUUGUAUGAAGCAUCCAGGAGGAGGAAACCCACAGAGACAGAAGUCAGGUGGGCUUGUCAGGGGAUGACGAGAAAGAGAGAUGGGAGACUGAAGGCUUCAUGUAAUUUGGGUGUGGGGUUACACAAAUUUGUUACUAAAACUAGAUAAAAUCUGUGGUCCAUCUGCUGUGUAUUUACUACAUUCCAGUGAAAUGUAUAGUUUAAAAUGCUCAAUUCUAUGUUACAGGAACUUAUUAAAAAGAAAUGUAAGUAAGUC